AUGUUGUCGCGCACCUUUUUUGCAGCUCAGAGGAAGAUACCGUUCUAUCCUGUCAAUCCAAGCAACCCACUUGUGUAUUUUGAUAUUUCCAUUGGCUCCCAGAAGGCUGGAAGGGUAGAAAUGGAGCUCUUCAAGGAUGUGGUACCGAAAACGGCGGAGAAUUUCCGUGCAUUAUGUACAGGUGAAAAGGGCCUGGGACGAUCUGGCAAGGCAUUGUCGUACAAGGGAAGCAAGUUCCAUCGCGUCAUCCCUCAGUUCAUGUGUCAGGGAGGAGACUUCACGAGCGGUAACGGUACGGGUGGAGAGUCAAUAUACGGAUUGAAAUUUCCCGAUGAGUCCUUCGCGGGCCGCGCUGGGAAGCACUUUGGUCCCGGGACGCUCUCCAUGGCAAAUGCAGGCCGCAACACAAAUGGAUCGCAAUUCUUCAUCUGCACAGCUGCAACUCCCUGGUUGGAUGGGAAACAUGUUGUUUUUGGACAAGUAACGAAGGGAUACGAAGUCAUUGAGAAGGUUGAAACCAACGGCAGCCAGUCAGGUGCCACACGUCAGCCCAUCACCAUCAUGGAUUGUGGCCAAAUUGAACAGGGAUAA